AACUCUUCAUCUCACGGCUGCCUGACUUCCUCCCAGCACAUUCCUGCACUCACCUGCGUCCACAUUGCACCUCAGACCUGGUCCCCUGAGCCUUGCGAGGCCCCCCUGUAAGCCCCUCAGCCUGGUUCUUGCCACAGGGCCAGCAAGUGGCCCUGGGCCAGGGGUCAGCGACUCCCUGCAGAGCACACAGCCCUGAGGCCACAGAGGGCCACCCCUUGAGAACGGUCAGGCCCCCUGGUGACUACGUGAGUGUUACCUUCCCCCCAGCACUGCUGGCCCCUGGUGCCACUGGCCUCCCGGAUGCCUGACUGAGACCCAGCAGUGACCCAAGCUGCCCACGCCUCCCCCGGCCCCCAAAGUUGGCACUGCAGCACGAGUCCUUGGGAGCCAGCAGCUAACGGACACAGCCGUCACCCCGAGCAGCAGCGGCAUGGGCAGCGCCAGCCCGGGCCUGAGCAGCGUGCCCCCCAGCCGCCUCUUGCUGCCCCCCGACACCUUGUUGCGGACAGGCCUGGAAAAGGUGGUGGGGGGCUCGGUGGGACCCGAGAGACAGGACUGGAGCCCCAGCCCCCCCGCCACGCCCGAGCAGGGCCUCUCUGCCUUCUACCUCUCCUACUUUGACAUGCUGUAUCCUGAGGACAGCGGCUGGGCAGCCAAGGGCCCGGCCAGCGCUCGGGAGGAGCCGCCCGAGGAGCCCGAGCAGUGCCCGGUCAUCGACAGCCAAGCCCCAGGGGGCAGCCUGGACUUGGCACCAGGGGGGCUGGCCCUGGAGGAACACUCGCUGGAGCAGGUGCAGUCCAUGGUGGUGGGUGAGGUGCUCAAGGACAUCGAGACCGCCUGCAAGCUGCUCAACAUCACUGCAGACCCUGUGGACUGGAGCCCUGGCAACGUGCAGAAGUGGCUUCUGUGGACAGAGCACCAGUACCGGCUGCCCCCGGUGGGCAAGGCCUUCCAGGAGCUGGGGGGCAAGGAGCUGUGUGCCAUGUCGGAGGAGCAGUUUCGCCAGCGCUCGCCCCUGGGUGGGGACGUGCUGCACGCCCACCUGGACAUCUGGAAAUCAGCGGCCUGGAUGAAAGAGAGGACUUCCCCCGGGGAGAUUCACUAUUGUGCCUCCACCAGCGAGGAGAGCUGGACCGACAGCGAGGUGGACUCGUCCUGCUCUGGGCAGCCCAUCCACCUGUGGCAGUUCCUCAAGGAGCUGCUGCUCAAGCCCCACAGCUACGGCCGCUUCAUCCGGUGGCUCAACAAGGAGAAGGGCAUUUUCAAAAUUGAGGACUCCGCCCAGGUGGCCCGACUGUGGGGCAUCCGCAAGAACCGUCCAGCCAUGAACUACGACAAGCUGAGCCGCUCCAUCCGCCAGUAUUACAAGAAGGGCAUCAUCCGGAAGCCGGACAUCUCCCAGCGCCUCGUCUACCAGUUUGUGCACCCCAUCUGAGCUGCCGGCCGCCGGGUCCAAGGCCUGGAACUCACUCUCAUCAGGCCUCCCACGUGCCUGCUCUUGCCUCCAUCAGACUCUGGGUUGGGGGACAGAGCAUCCUCUGGAAUCGGAGUCCAAGGUCAGGGAGAGGACCGCUCCCCACUCCCAGGGGCACAAACGAACUCGCCGGGGUCCAAGGAGGGCCUGACGGCUCAUCUGCCAGGUUCUGGAGGUUGGAGGGAGCCAGGGCUGUACUCUGUGUUCACUGCUCCCCAGAGAAGGCCCUCCCUUCACCCAGCUCUGACUCCAGAGCAGAGCCGACAGAAUGGCAGUGACUUGGCUCAAGGCCACUCUCAGUCCAGUCCUCGCUGUCACCCACUCUGUAGCAUAGCUCACAUGGUGCUGCACCAUGAGUUGGGGACCCAAGAAUGGGUAAUAAAGAUC